AUGGCGACAGGCACCCCCGUCGAAGACCAGGGCCGUUUGCUCGAGGAAGCUCUCGGUGUCGUGCGUCAACAAUCGCAGCAGAUGCGCAGAUGCCUUGAGACCCCGGGAAAGCUCAUGGAUGCUCUGAAAUGCGGCUCGACUUUGGUCUCUGAACUGCGCACUCCUACCUUAGGGCCGAAGCAAUACUAUGAGCUCUAUAUGGCUGUGUUUGAUGCUCUACGGUACCUGUCCGACUAUCUCCGCGAGUCGCAUCCCGUCAACCACCUUGCCGAUCUCUACGAACUUGUCCAAUAUGCAGGCAACAUAAUUCCCAGAUUAUAUCUUAUGAUUACGGUAGGCACCGUCUAUAUGGGAGUCGAAGAUGCCCCGGUCAAGGAGAUCAUGAAGGAUAUGAUGGAAAUGAGUCGCGGCGUACAGCAUCCCAUCCGAGGCCUCUUCCUCCGAUACUACCUGCUGGGCCAGGCCCGUGACCACUUACCAACGGGCAAAGAAGAGGGACCCCAGGGCAAUCUGCAAGAUUCAAUCAACUUCAUCCUUACAAACUUUGUGGAGAUGAAUAAGCUUUGGGUGAGGUGGCAGCAUCAAGGCCAUUCAAGAGAAAGGGAACAAAGGACACAAGAGCGGAGGGAGUUGGAAUUGUUGGUUGGAAGCAAUCUGGUGAGGCUAAGUCAAUUGGUCGACUUGGAGACAUACAAAUCUACCAUCAUCGGCCCGUUGCUGGAACAGGUAGUCCAGUGUCGAGAUGUCCUGGCCCAGGAAUAUCUGCUCGAAGUCAUCACAAAGGUCUUUCCGGAUGAAUACCACCUCCACACUUUGGAUCAAAUGCUCUCCGCCAUCGCGAGACUAAAUCCAUACGUGGAUAUGAAGAAGAUUGUUAUCGGAUUAAUGGACCGUCUGUCUACCUAUGCACAAAGGGAAUCUGCUGAAUCGGUGUCUGCCGAAGACAAGCGCAAAGCUGAAGAAGACGCUGCAGUCCGGAUGCUGGAAAAAGUCGAUUUGAACCAGGAUUCGAAGCCUAUUCCCCCUGCCACUCAACCGGAUUCACCCACGACGAAUGGUGCCGAUGCCAAGUCACCCACGGAAACACAAACAACGGAAUCGGAGCCGGCAACGCCGGCGACACCAGCGACAAAUGGUGAGAAGGGAACUGGCGUUGGUGAGGUCAGGCUGUUUGAGAUCUUUUACGAACAAGUCGUAAAUCUUGUCAAAACGAGAGGCCUUCCAAUCCAAGACACUAUGGCCCUUUUGACGUCGCUGGCCAAUCUUGCACUUAACAUCUACCCAGAGAGGCUGGAAUACCUUGACCAGAUUCUGGCCUAUGCUCGCGAGAAGGGUGCCGAAUACAUGGACUCCGCCGACCUCCAUUCCGCCGCAACACAAGCCAACAUGCUCAAUCUUCUUCUUUCACCGAUCAGAACAUAUAUGUCGCUUUUCACCGCGUUAGCGCUUCCCAACUAUCUCCCUCUGUACCAAUCACAAACGUAUGCUACGAGGAGGGCUGUUGCCGGAGAGGUGGCCAAGAGCAUCCUUCGCAACCAUGUGCUGAUUACAACUACACAACAUCUGGAUGGCAUCAUGUCUCUUCUGAAGGUCAUCAUCAAAGAGGGCAUUCAACAACCGACUGGCUAUCCGGGGUUGAACCGCCAGAGAGGUGGUGAGUCGGAUGAGACAGUUGAGGAGCAAGGCUGGCUAGCAAGGAUAGUUCAUUUCAUUCAAGGACCAGACAACGACACCCAGCUCAAACUGUUACAGCAAGUUCGCAAAGCCUAUGAGCCUGGCAAUGAGCGGAUAAAAUAUACGACUCCCGCUAUCAUUACCGCAUCUAUGAAGCUUGCGCGGAAGUUCAAAGCCCGUGAGCAUUUUGACGACAACUGGCAAAACCAGUCGUCCGCCUUGUACCGGUUCAUGCACCAGACCCUUUCUCAAUUAUAUACCCGCGUUAACCCCGGGGCGGCAGAAUUGUGUCUUCGACUAUUUGUUUCCUGCGGUCAAAUCGCCGAUCAAUGUGGCUUCGAAGAAUUUGCCUAUGAAUUCUUUGCCCAAGCGUUUACGAUCUACGAGGAUAGUAUCAGCGACUCAAGGGCACAGUUCCAGGCUGUUUGCAUCAUCGCUGGGGCGUUGCACAUGACGAGGGGCUUUGGAAAGGAGAACUACGACACGUUGAUCACGAAAGCCGCGUUGCACGGGAGCAAGCUGCUGAAGAAACCCGAUCAAUGUCGCGCAGUGUAUCUGGCCAGCCACCUAUGGUGGUGUGUUGAGAUCCCUGGGAGGGAGGAGGAUCCUAAGAACUUCUACCGCGACGGCAAGCGGGUGCUAGAGUGUCUCCAGCGAGCAUUACGAGUUGCGGAUGCUUGUAUGGAUACCGCAGUCUCCGUCGAAUUGUUUGUCGAAAUUCUCAACCGAUACGUCUACUACUUUGAUCAGCAGAACGAAACGGUUACGACCAAGUACCUCAAUGGCCUCAUUGAGCUGAUCCAUUCAAACUUGUCGACAACAAACUCUGAGGGGAACACCCAGGCCCUAGAGAAUCCAAAGCGCCACUUUUUCAGGACGCUAGACUAUAUCAAGUCUAGAGAUUACGAGGGUGUUAUUACAGAGGCGAGGCAGUGA